CAUGCGAAGCAUUGCAGAAGAGGUUGCAGAAGGUAGGCAAAUUGUGUGUGCCCUUCCAGCAAAGGGGAGCGAACUGGUCAACGAUAAGGAACGCAAGAAAGCAAGGGUUUCAUCCCCGAAAAUUGCGGCUGGAAGUAAGGGGAAGGAGAAGAUGGUUGAUGAUUCUGAAGGAUUGGUUGCUCCUAGAAGAAGGUCUUACAGGAAGAGGACGAACAACGGGGUCAUGAUCUUUGACCAAGAAGACAUACAUAAGGACAGUGAAAGUGAAAACAGUGAUGAUCAUCUCAUAGAGCUCUUGAAAGGGGAUGGAUAUUCUGCUCUAGCUUAUGAAAGCGAAGAAUAUCAGAUCAUAGAGAUUGUUAGUGAUACUAGUGUUAGUGACGACGAGGUUACAGGGUAUUACUAAGCCCGGCUUAUAACUAUUAGUGAAGAUGUAUAGCAGUUGCAUAUUUAGGAGAUUUUUUGGGCACAUACUUUUUGGAACAGAUUGGCAGAUGGUGCAUCUCUAUUAUAUAGCUUAAGUUACUUAGAUUUUGGCUCCUUAGAUUACGGGAAUGAUUAUGUUAAAACUUUCUAGGUUAUUAUGUUUCACCAUCUAUGGAUAUUAUUUUGGAUUGUGUA